AUGUCUACUAUAAACGAUAAACUUGGAUAUCGUGUAUCAUGGUUUAUGUUUGUUCUUCUUGCUAUACAAACGGCUGGAGUACUUUCGAGUUUUACUGACGUUCCACCACCACCAGCACGUCCAGAACGGUUUCAUUCUCGUGAAGAACUCAGACGUUAUUUACAACUUGUACACGAAUAUUAUGCUAUCAUUGGUCGACCACGUUUUGGUCGUUCUCCUGUAAACACAGGAAUGGAUCCAAGUGACAUACAUCUCUUUUAUAUGUUUGAUACCAAUGAUGACAAAUCAAUAUCAUACGAAGAAUUUCAUGAUUUACUUGGAAAAUAA